AUGGAUGAAGGUGGGGCCUUUAAAAGAAGGGUUCUGUUAGAUGAGAAUUCAAUGGAGAUAUUCAAUUAACGUAAGAAGAAUAUUUCAAAUGAUUUUAGUGUGAAUGGGGAUGUAACUAGAAAUAACUCACAAAUACAUAAUAUAAAUAAUGAAGUGACAAUUUAUAAUAUUUUAGAUGAAUAAUUAAAAUAGCAUAGUUAGCUGUUUCCAAAUGAUUAAACAUUUAAUAUGUAGAGCUUAAAUCAUGAUAUUCUGCAGCCGUCAAUGGAUUUAAAUGAAUAAAGAAUUUAAUAAAAGUCAUUAUCUUCCUUUUAGCAGCCCUAAAAACACUACAUUAGUGAGCUUUCUGCCCCUCUAAAAAAGAUAAUUUCACCUUAACAAAGCUGCGAAUCGAUGCCUCAUAUAAAUGGGGAAAUCACCACAUCUAAGAAUGGGUUUUUGAAGGUUAAAAAUAAUAAGGCUGCUGAAAGCUCUAAAAAUGAGAUUAUUGAAGAAGAAGAGAAAAUAAAUUUGAAAGAUUAAAAGUAGGAUAAAAAAACAUCUAUCAUGUAUAUAGAAAAACUUUAAGGUGAUCUUAAAAGAGAUGUUAGUAAUAUCAAAAGAAAAAGUAUUAAGGAUAACUAGAUGUUUCUCUUUAAAAAGACAAAUCUAGUAAAGAAAUUCAUAACAACUCUACUGUCUAAAACUGAAAGGUAUUUAUUCAACAAUCUUAGUAAGCACUAAAUGAAGAUUAUUGAUGACCAAUCAUGUAAUUACGAUUACUUCAUAGCCUAAAAAAUGAUAAAAAGUGAGGAACAAUCAUUUGGAAAGACACUCAGAAAAUCAUUUUAGAGUAUGAUUUUGUCACUUUUAAAAAGCGAAAGACUGAUUAUUUAACCUGAAUCUAUUGUGUCGUUGAUUUGGGAGCUAUUAAAUAUUUUUAUAUCUUUGUUUCUGAUUUUUACUAUUCCCUAUUUUGUUAACUUUCCCUCUUCGUUUUCUGAAAAUUAAUUUGGAUUAGCAGGCAUUACACUGCUCACGUUAGUUUUAGAUAUUCUCAUCAAAAUAAAUAAAGCGAUCUAUAAAAGAGGAAUGAUUAUUGUUAUGAGAGAUUAGAUUAUAAAAAGCUAUUUGAAAAAAGAAGCACUAUUUGAUUUUACUAUAUUAAUCAUCUAUAGUGUUUCCUAAUUUUCAGAUGACUUAGAUUACUUUUAGUAUGUUAUUAUUUUAAGAAUAUUUUAAGUUAUAAGAACGUUGAAAGGAUUAUUUGAAAGGUAUGAUUAAGAAUGUAAGUAUUCCAUUCUAGUUAAAAUAUUCAUUCUAGUCAUUAUUAUCCUUUCGUUUGGAAAUAUCUAAGGGUCUAUAUUUGUGGAUCUUGCAUUGAGAAAAUCUAAAUUAGGAGAAAAAACAUGGCUUGAUCUAAUUCCCUCUAUUUAAUCAAAUAGUGGCAAAUAUAUAGCAGGUUUAUAUUGGUCAACUAUCACCAUGGCAACUAUUGGAUAUGGCGAUAUUCAUCCUGUUAAUACUUAAGAAAUGAUAUAUGCUUCUGCAGUUAGUUUGAUAUCAUGUGGUAUAUUUGGUUACUCCAUCAGUCAAAUUGGUGAAAUCGUUGCUGCCAUCCAAGAAAGAAAAGAAACUUUCAAGAAAAAAAUGUUGAUACUUAAUAGAUAAAUGAAUCAAAGAUAGCUAAAUAAAAAACUUCAACAUUAGGUGAGAAAUUAUUUUGAGUAUUUACAUAAAGAAGAGAAUAAUGAAGAAGAGGACUCUUCUUAAAUGAUUAACAAUCUUCCAAGUUCCAUGAGAGAAGCUAUUACAUAUGAUAUGAAUCAUAAACUGUUGUACGAAUAAAAAAUAUUUUCCCUUAACUUUUCUAAGUAAUUCUUGGAUAAGCUUUCACUUUGCAUGAAGCAAAUAAAAAUAGGCCCAGAAAUAUCUCUAUUUGAAUAGAAUUAAUUAGACUAGAAGCUUUACUUUAUUCUCAAGGGAUCUGUAGAUAUGUUCAUUACCAUGAGCAAUAAGAAUAAAUCUUGCAAAAUCUUAAAGAAAGGAGAUUUAAUUGGCGAAACAGAAUUUUUUAGUUAAUCCUACAGAAGAUUUGGAGCAAAAACAUUAAAUGUAGUUAAACUUAUGGUACUAGACUUUAAAGAUUUUUACAAGUGCAUCAAAAACUUUCAAGAAGAUUUUGAGAAAUAUAAUAUGAUUAAAGAUAAAGUAGUAAUGUAUAGAGACUACACUAAAUUAGAUAGGAGAUGCUAAAGCUGUGGAAAAUUUACUCACUAAUUUACGAAUUGCCCUAGUUUAUAAUUUGUUCCCAAUUAUAACAAGAUAAUUUACAAACAAAAUCACACUGAAAAUCAGGAAAGAUAAAAACAACAGAGGACAGUAUUUUAGAAAACAUGCUCAAUUAAUAUUUAAAAAAAUGUAAAGUUUGGAGUUGAAAGCUAUCAAAAAGCAAACAAUAUAAAAUAAAUUUAUCAUGAUGAUACUGGACCAGAUUCGCAACUAUCAUAUGAAGAAUAUAUUCAUUAGCAAACUGAAGGUCUUGCCUUAGUAUAGUAAGAUGAUGGAUCUGAAACAGUUUCACUUCAAAAUAGAAAGAAAGCAUAUACUCAAAUUGAAAUAGAUAUAAAACGAAAAAAAGAGAGGCACAACACUAAAAAAUCCACAUUUCAUAAAGAAAUCCCAGAAAUAAAAAAUUAUGACAAAAUGUUAUCAAUAGAUGAUAAACUUAUAGAAAAUAGGCCAAGAUAGAGAUCGCAAUUAGCUUAGGAAAUGGAUGAAAAAGAUUAAAAUUAUUAAUUGAAAUAUUUAAAUCCAUAAAAUAUGAUUUAAACUCAGUACUUGAUACCUGCUAAUUAGCAAAUAGCUUAAUUAACCAACUAAUCAGGAGUCUCAUAAACUAAUAUUUAGAGACAAAGUUCCUUUGGAUAAGGAUCUACUUAUAAUAUACAAAAUAGCUUUACCAUAGAUAACCCAGCUAAUUAAGUCAAAUAAAUUUUAUAGUUAAGCAAUUAUGUGAAUUCUUAAACUUAUAUUCCUAUGCCUAACGAUUUAAAUAUUAAAAUUGAAAGUGGAGAAAAUCAAAAUAGUCGGUAUGACAAAUAACCAACAAACAUCAGUAGUAGAAGUCAUUUCUAAAUGGGUAACCCUAAUUAGCUCUAUUAGUAACAGAGUUAUAACCCAAAAGUAAUAAAUAACAUAUUAUUGCAACAAUAGAAUCAAAUUUACCCUAUUCUCAACUUUGAUGUGUUAAAAAAUUACAAGGAAUACUUUCCAAAUAAUAAUUUUUCAAAAAUAAUCAAAGCUCUAAAAUCUAUGAAAUCAUAACAAAUUACAAUGAAGUAAAAUAAAAUAAAAAAGAAAAAGGUCUUAUCUCAUACUGGUAAUAAUGGUAGAAACGUUGCAAAAACUUUAUCUGUAAAUAAAUCUAGGUAAGAACUUUCUCUCUUAAGUCACUCCAACAAUAAGCUUAGCACACCAAAGAACUUCCUUAACUCUCCCCCACCUCCUGUAUGA